AUGGACAAUAACGGGGAUAACAUGGACGUGGACGGCAUUCUUCAGCGGCUAAGGGAGAAAUACUCCCCUAGUGCUGCACAGCCUUCGCACUCUCCACCCGAGCCUGCAAGUUCCGCGGGGGUUGCCGAACCUGGAGGUAGGUUCGGCAGUCCAGUUCAUUUAACAGAGAAGCCUAAGAGGCAGGUGAAGUGGAAGGAUCUGGAAGAAGGCCAAGCAGAGGCGUCCACGUGGGAUAACUUUCAAGUUGACACCAGCAGCGCACUUUCGGGAAGGAGUUCUUUCACGCUUUUAGGGGGUACAGAAGGGUUCGGAGAUACAGGAGGAGGCGAUGGGAUGAGAGCCAGUUUACCAGGCCGUGCUUCUGGUGCAGCUUCUGAAGCCGGUGCAGCUAAUGCUGCUGGAAAACUGGGAUCAGGAGCAGAAUCCGGAGCAGAGCAACAGCAGCUGAUUUCCGCCUUGCUCGAUUUACAGUCGCUGCUGCAGGCGUCCCAGGAGGAAGCUUCCACGAUGCGGGAAGAAAACGCUGAGCUACGCCGAUCAUUGAAGAGUGCGUGGGAUGACGUGGCACGGGUGGAAGAGAGCAAGGGUCGGGUUCAGCUGCAGUUACGGAGCUUCGGGCAGCUCAGGAAGAAGUUCGGGGCUGCCCGGUCUGAGCUGACGGUGGUUCGUGCUGAGCUGGCAGGUGCGCAGGAGGAGGGGAGGGAAUUGGCAGAGGGGUUAAAAGAGGCGAGUGAAGAGGCGAGGGAGCUUCGGGCAGAUCUGGAAAUUUUGAAAGAGAGUUUGAUUGAUGAGCAGACGCGGGUCGGGGAGUAUAUGGAAGAAAAUGAGAAACUUGGGGAGCAGGUUCGGAAGUCCCUGACCGCAGCUGCAAAGGCUCGGGCCGAGGCUGAUGAGGUUCGGGAGGAGAAUGAGAGGUUAACGGAGGAGGUCGGGCAGCUGAAAGAUGAGAAUGAGCAGGCGCAAAGGGUUUUGGCGGCUGCCCAGGGGGAGCUCGGGCAGGUGCUGGAGGACGGGCAAGGGCAGCGUGAAAGAAUGAAGGCACUUUUAGCUGAGAGCGGUCGUUUAAGGGAGGAAAAUAGCAAGCUAAGGAAAGAGCUGGAUGUAGUGAGAAGCCGUGAAUCAGAGCGUGUGGUAAAGAGUACAGGAAUGGAAGAGAGACGUGGGGGGGAGAGAGGAGGAGAGUAUGGGUUAGGGGGGACUGGAAGGGGAGGAGGGGAGAGUGGAGGAGAGGAGGGUGGAGGGGGAGGAGGGGGAGGGCGAGGAGCUGAGGGUGGAGGAGGAGGGGAGGGUUGGCAGGGGAGGGGAAACGAGACUGUUUUGUUGAGGCAGCUGGACGGGAGCUUGAGUGCUGCCCGGGAGGAAAUAGCUCGGCUGAAAGCAGAGAACGAGCGGCUGCGGAGAUCUUUUGAUGCUGCCCGAACAGGAAAAGGAGAAGGAGGAGGAGGAGCAGGGGGAAGAGUGGAGGGUGUAAGUGGCACGUUGCAAUCUGCACUGGAAGAACUUGAGAGAGUGAGUGGGGAGAGGAAUGAAGCAGACGAGAGGGCGGGCAGGCUUCAGGUAGAUCUGGCUGUAGCAGAGGAGCAGCUCGCCAGGUUGCGGUCUCAGGUGGACCAGGAGAAAGAUCAGGUGAAAUCUCAGGUGGAAACAGCAGUGAGGGAGGCGGAAGAGAGGCAGAGAGCAGCAGAGGAGAGGGUUUCGGAGUUGAUGGUGCAGUUGGAGGGUGUAGAGGGGGUGGCGGCGCUGCGCAGUGGUGUUGAUGUGGAUCUGCUUUUAGAGAGGACAAUGAGUAUGAGCAGCGGUGGCAACGGUGGUGGAGGCUCUGUUGCAGGCUUUGCUGCUGCUGGCGGUGGUGGUGGCGGUGCUGCUGCUGCUGCUUUUGCUGGUAUCAGUGCUAGUGCCGGUGCUGCGGGUGGUGAUGGUGUUGGUGGUGCUGCUGAUGCAGGGGAAGGAUCAGGUGGGCGUGGUAGCAGCAGCAGGAGCAGUGUAGAGCCUCUGACUUGGCGUCAGAAGUAUGCAUACAUACCAGAAGAGGACAGAACAACCUGGCUGCUGGACGGCCUGGAUCGCACGCACAGGGAGAAUCAACGGCUCAAGAUUCUCAUCCGGCAUCUGCAGUCAACGCUGGUCAAACAAGACGAAGAGGUGAGUCAGCUUCGGCCACGAACUGACGAGUUGCUUCGGGCCGAGGCUGCUGGAGCGGCUGGGAGGGGCCGAGCCUCGGAAGCGGUUUUUGGAGCCGAGGCUGCUGCUGCAGCUGUGGAGGAGGUUCGGAAUAAGCUGUUUGCUGCCGAAGCUGAGCAGGUUCGGCUGGCUUCCGAAGCUGAAGCCCUGCGCCAGGAUCUUUGGACUGCCCUAGAUCAAUGCGGGCAGCUUGAGCGAACCGUUGCGUGGCUGGAGGAGGAUCUCGGGCAGGUACAGCAGGAACUUUCGGCUGCCCAAGGAGAGGCCAGGGCUGCAAAAUUUGACGCAGAACAGGCAGAAGAACGGGCAGAGGACACAGCAGCAGCACUCCACGAGUUGCAACAGGAGAUGAACCGGCAGUUACAUCAAUCCAAAGAGACGACUCAGCAGCUGAGUACUCGAGUCGUGGUGGCAGCAAGAGAAAGCCGUAUUCGGGCAGAGGAAGCACGGGCGUUUCGAGAAGCCAAGAGCUCUACGGUGGCUGAGUUGAGUCGGGCUGUGGAGGGUCUGAGAGAGGAACUGCAAGAGGUGCUUGGGAGGGAGGGAGUGAAUGUUGCUGAGGUAUGUGGGAGUGAGGAGCACCGUGCUACUGAGGUGACGCUUUCAGUGAGACUCUCUCUCUAUGGGAGGGUGCUGUGCUGA